AUGUCCUUUCGAACCGAGCUGGUAUGCCGAUAUUCGCCUCUCUGGCUUCUAGUUCCUUACUUCGCAGGGUUUGGCUUGUGCGCUUCAAAUGCCAGCCGUGCGCUCUAUACUUUUGUUGCCGAUGUUGUACCUGUGGAAGAAAAUUUCAGCCAAAUUCUAGUGACGACUCGAAACCCAUCUCUGAAUAAAAUCUCACUCGGUCUCUGCCUUACUAGCGACCAGGCAGCAUGGCUCAAGAAACAGCGAUUUCGCUUUGGUGAAUUGAUCAUUGAGGAGGGCUGUAUACAAACCGACAAGGGCGGCAUUGGUCAUGCUGCGUUCGGAUUGGAAGGACAGACUAAACCGAUCCAGAAGGGACUAUCAUAUCAUUGA